AUGGGACAUAUAUCAUCACAGUCACAAGUUUCAGUUAGGAACAUUAAGUGGAAGUGUAAUUUUAACAAAAGACGAAUGAGUUCAGCUUCUAGUGUUGGAUCGAGUGAUAUUGACGAAAGUUCUAUGCUACUGGAAGUUAAUUUGCGUCGAAAGAACGAGCAAGAGGAUUAUAGGGAUGAAUCUGCGGACAUAAAUGAUGAUGAGAGCAGCAGCACGUAUACAUUGAAGAGAAGCGAUUCUUCGGCCAGUGUGUCGUUUAUUGAUUUGUCCAAGAUGCUCUUUUUGUCGGACUUCGACUUUGGGUUCGACGUGGAUAUGGUGAGUGAUACCACCAAGAAGAAGUUCAACCGGAUGAAAGAGAAGACCAAACAGAGGUUUCAGCAGCUUAAGGAGGAUGCAAGAAAGUCCGACUCGAAUUCUGAGUUGAUGAGGCUCAAUGAGAACUUAUUCUCCAAUUUGGGGAAGUUUGACAAGAGGCUUCACGAUAGCUUGAGGUCUUCGACCACCGAGAAGUUGUUCUAUGCGAUGGCGAUAACUUUGAUUGCCACAUGCGGGUUUUUGAUCGGAAAGUACCCACAAUGGUUCCAUGUGUUCCACACGGCGUUGUUCUGUGUGUUGAUGCCCAUCAGAUUCUACACAUACUUCAAGCUUUCAUUUCAAUACUAUUUGGCCGAUUUGUGCUACUAUGUCAAUUUGUUGUUGAUUGUAUUUAUUUGGUGGUUUCCGGACUCGCAACUGCUCUUCGUGUCGGUAUUUUCGUUGGCCAUGGGUACGUUGUCGUUUGCGGUCAUUACAUGGAGAAAUUCGCUCGUUUUGCAUUCGAUCGAAAAAUCUACAAGUUCAUUUAUACACAUUAUGCCGCCAGUGACUUUGUUCGUUAUUGUUCACGAAUUGCCUGAAGAUUAUAGGGCCGCCAGGUUCCCAGCCGUGGCCGGUAUCGACCACUGGAACUUUAUCAACGGUAUAAUUUGGACCUCCAUCUACUACACUCUCUGGCAGGUGUGUUACCAUUACUUUAUCACUAUCAAGAGGAAAGAGCAGAUUGAAAAGGGUAAAGUGACAUCAUUUACCUACCUCAAGAAGAAAAAUAAGAACGAUGUGUUGGGUAAAUUUGUCAAUUCGUUACCAUAUACGUGGAUGCAAAUCGCCGCCUUUACCUUAAUUCAAUUCGGAUAUCAAAUUUUAACCAUGAGCUUUUGUCCAAUUUGGUUCAGGUACAAGCAUGCCUGCGGUGCAUUCAUGUUCUUUAUAUUUAUCUGGGCUUCAUAUAAUGGUGCCACGUACUAUAUUGAUGUCUUUGGUAAAAGAUUAGAGAAAGAAGUUGAGAGGUUGAAAAUGGAAGUCAUCGAAUUACAACAGAAGAACGGGGAACAAGAAAACGAAAAAUCAAUGUCUCAAUUACAGCUCAGCCCACUGGAACCUGAAUCACCAGUCAUCACACCCAUGGGUUGA